UAAAUCGUCUGAAUGCGGAGGCGAAUGCACCCUUUUGUUUCCCGUAAUUUAUUGUCAUUAAGGAAAGACAUUUCGCUCGGUUGAUUUCGAUAAUAACAUGUGAUAACCCCGUUCACUCGUCGAUGAUUCACCAAGAGGCGCUGAUUCAUCACCAAAUGGGCAAAUCGGAGCAGUCGGAAGAAUGUCGCUCCGCCGGAAGAGAGUCGAAAGACCGCAGGCUAAUGGGACAGGCUGAUUUUGAAACACUCGUUAUCGGUGUGAAAAAUUUACACACAGUUAUAUCACUUCUGAAAUGUGAUGAAGGCGAUGUUGUCGUAUCCACCCUGACCGCGCUAGCGAAAUUCGUUCGAAAAUCGUUGGGGAAUAUCCCAGUUCUCGUUGAAUACCAGGUUUUGGGGGAUGUCCUGUUGCUCAUUAGACAUGAAGAUUUCAGGAUACGAAGGUCUGCUACGAGACUGCUCGCUGAAAUGACAGUACUGGAAUCCACUCGGACCAUCAUUCUGAGUGAUGAGAAGGAGAAAAAUCAUCUACAUCGGUUAAUGAAUAUUCUUCAUGACGAAUCGGAUGCUGCUGUGCAGGAAAACGUCUCAAAAAUUGUGUGCAAUUUUGCUGACGAUAUUUUCGGGGCCUGCCAAAUUCUGAAAAGUCCACAUUUGAAGAGUCUUCUGGUUGGUCUCCAAUCAGCGGACCUUCAUGUAACCAGAAAUCAUCUGGAGAUACUCCAGAAACUCAUGGCGAGUCCAUUCGCGGCCGAAAGAAUUUGCUCGUUGAAGGAAUUCUGUUUUGAAUUAUUUUAUGACGUGGAAUUUGAUGAAGAAAGCGGAGCGAUCCCCGAGAUAGCUCUUUCCUUGAUGAAAAAUUUCUUAAUCCGGAGGGAGAAUGAGAAAAUCCAUCAGCAGUUUCGUGAUUCCGAGGGAUUGGAAAAACUUCUCGAAAUGAUUCGCACUAGCGUUGGGGAGGAGCUUCAUCUACCUGCUUUUGAAUUACUGGCUGUCGCAACUGGGAAUUACAAAACUGCGGAGUAUGUCCAUGCACUCAUCAGUCAUGAGGAAAUUUCCGAUUUUUUGAGCAUGACUGAUGUCAUUGUUCUGCAGUUAAUAGCCAAUUUGUCGGCUGUACCUGACUUUAGGAAAAUCCUCUACGACUUGGGAAUAAUUGAAAUCAUCUCAAUGAAUCUCAACACAGAAUUAAAUCCCGAAAUAGUGAAUCCCAUUUGCUCAAUCAUCGAGAAGAUCUGUCACUUGAGGCCUGCCAUGAAUGAAUUAAUUGAAAGGGAUAUGACCCAUCGAUUAAUCGAAAUUCUGAAAACGGAAGAUAUCGGUUGGCAGAUGAAAGACAACGUGCUAUUUGCGUUAAAAGAACUUGUAUCACGGAAUAACCGGAACGGCGAGUCCCUCGUCGACUCUAACGAUCACUGGUCAUUAAUCAAAGUCGCGCAGGAUCACAAGGUCCCGAUGCACGUGAGACUGGGGUCUCUAAAUGUCGUAAAUGCCCUCAUCUGCAGACCGAAACUGCGAAGGUUUUUCGUGCAUUCGGCGAUCGUAGAAAUGCUGUCGAAUUUUUUCGACGAUCGAAUUGUUGAUGAACUGGCAAUAGGGAGCCUCUCGAUACUGUCCCACCUCUUCGUCGAAGAGGAAGCGAGGCGGUUGUGCCUGAAAACAAAUUUCCUGGGGAAGCUCUGCUCCCUGAUCUGCACCGAAUAUCCCCUUCCUGUUCAUUCCUGUGCUAUCCAGUUGAUCCAGCAGUUGUGCUCCGAGGAAUUUAUAGUCGAUGAGUGCGUCAGGAUUGGAUAUCUCCACGCUUUAUUAAAGAAUCAUCAAGUUAUGCGAGGUGUAAUCCCCUCCUGGGAGACAUGUCUGCAGACGAUGCUAUCAGGACAUCUCCCACUGAAAUUCGCUAUCACAGGUCAUCUGUCAUUGCACGACAUCACGAAGAACGGAUUCUACGUCGAGAAGCGACAUCGUCAUACGUUUCCCUCGCUGAAUGAAUUAUUGGCAUCGAGAUGUAGUCCGAUACAAUGUCUUUACACCAUUAACUUCUGUAAUGACACUCUGACUCCGCCCGGCGGCACCUCAGAGAGCUCUAUUUAUUGGACCGAUACGUUCGAAGAUGAUCGCAGUAGCGGAAUGUGCUUUUCCGAGACAGUUUCCAUAAUUUGUGAGGAGAAAUUCGGACACUUGAAAGCUGAUCCGCGCCUCUGUCAAAGCCUCGACAUGUUUUUGCAGAUUUUGCAGACCAAUGAAUCAGUUAACACGGCUUUCUCCGAUUCCCCCAGCGUAAUAGACAUCGGGAAGAUUGAAUCGAGGGCUAAACUACUCGGGAAGUUCGUCGCCCACAAAUUAUCCGAUGUACAUGACUCAUCCGAUGAGUGCAUGACAGACAAAUUGAAGAAUCAUCUUCAAGAGCUACGAGAGACCCUUGAAACGAGUAUAAUUCCCCUCGGGGAAUUGCGAUUCGGUUCGUACUUGGAAAGAGCUCUACUUUUCAAAGCCAUCGCCGACAGGAUUUGUCUGCCUGCUGCGCUGGUUCGUGGAGAGUACGGAAAGUCCUGGGUGGAGGUUGCCCUCCCCCAGUGUCAUGAAGAGCCAUCCAGGAACUGCCUGCCGACGAGACUGUUGCGCCCGAAUUAUAUCGUGGACCUGAUGGAUCACCCGGGGGACCUCAUUCAUGUCGACAGCAUUCGAGCGCGAAAAUUUUAUGAAUAUUCAUGAACUCAUAAACAUUGCAAUCGAGAAUGAACUCAAGGAUUUUAUUUGAAAGAAAAAUUAAUCAAAGUCUCAAUAAACUUACCUCU